UUUAUCUUUCUAUCUAGUGAUGGCACCUGCGUAACGUCAAUUAGCAAUUUGGGUUUCUUGUAAUGGUUUUUAUUUCCAAACAACUCAAAUGAAUAUUGGAAAUUAAAGUGAUAAUAACAAAACAAAAAGUGAAUUUGACUGUGUUGUGAUGUCUAAUUUAAGAAAAAGUGUAUUAUCCUGGGGUCAAAAAAAAUUUGCGGCGAAUGCUAAUGAUUAUAGCCCGGUAAAAUGGUCAAAAUAUUUUGUCAGUCAAAAGGAUGUCUUUAUUGGCAACAAUAAGUUUCAUGUUUACACAAUAGGAGAAAAUGGCCCUCUGUUGGUCUCAAUACAUGGUGGUGGAUAUUCUGCCCUUACAUGGUCAUUGUUUGCCGAAGAAAUAAUACACAGAAUUGAUUGUCAAUUAAUAGCAAUUGACUUGAGAGGCCAUGGCAGUACAAUUACUGAAAAUGAUGAAGAUCUUUCUUUGGAAACAUUAGCAAAAGAUAUAACAGAUGUUCUGUUGACUUUAUAUGGAGAGUCUAUGCCUCCAAUUAUUUUGGUAGGUCACAGUUUGGGUGGUGCUGUAGCAGUUGAAGCUGCAUCACUUAUCAAUGCAGCAGGCGUUUGUGUGAUUGAUGUAGUUGAAGGAACAGCUCUUGAAUCUUUGUCAUCAAUGCAAAGUAUUUUACGUGGACGCCCAUCAAGUUUUAAAACUAUUGAUGAUGCUAUUCAGUGGAGCUUCAGAGGAGGACAAACUCAUAACUUAGAAGCUGCUCGUGUAUCUAUGCCUGGUCAAAUAAAAAAUGUUAAAACAGGAGUUUUGGCUGCUGAAGAUGCUGAAAUUGAGAAAGUCAUUCAAAUUGAUGGUCCACCUAAACAAAAAAAAAUGGUUCAUCAGCGUUCUGCUGAUGCAAUAGAUGAAGAAGUAGAAGAUGAAAUUAAAAGUAGUGAUCAAGGAAGUAGUCACAAGCUUCCUCCAGCAAUUUCCUCAAAUGGUAAUGAUAACUUCAGGCAUCCUUCAACUAACAACUAUGUAUGGAGAAUUGACUUAAGCAAAACAGAACCGUUUUGGACUGGAUGGUUCAAAGGAUUAUCACAAAAAUUUCUAGAUAUUCAUUCUCCAAAAGUUCUGCUUCUUGCCAAUAUUCAUGGUCUUGAUACGUCUUUAACAGUAGGUCAGAUGCAAGGAAAAUUUCAACUUCAAGUAUUGCCAAGAUCAGGACAUGCAAUUCAUGAAGAUCAGCCUCAUCAUGUUGCUGAUAUUAUAGCUGGCUUUUUAGUGAAGCAACGUUUAGCUGAACCUAGAAAUGGGUUCACACCACAUAUGCCUGCUUGUUAAAUAACUUGCAGUACAUUUAGAAAAUGGAUACAAUUUUCUGGUUUAGAACUUAUUUAUUUUUGUAUUCACUUAUAUAAAUAUUGGCUUGACUGUGUAACUAUGAAAUAUUAAUAGUAUUUAAUGUAAGCAACCUCCUCUUCUUUUUUGAAAUUAAAUCAUGUUAAGGAGCAUUCUAUUGACACGUCGGCUCUUUUCUUAAAACUAAUGUAAUUUUCAUAAUUAAAUUAAUAUAUUACCUACUGUUAAAAUAAAUCUGUAAUUAAAAAUUAACUUGAAUUGUA